AGUAUUGAGAGCAUAAAUAUGUUGUAUAAAAUUGUUGUUUCACUCUUCAUAAUUCCUGCGUUAGCAGAGGAUCUAGUGGUGGAUGUUGCAAAUGGUAAAAUUGAAGGUUACUUGAGAAGUAGCCCCAAUGGAGUCACCUUUCGAGCUUUCCAGGGAAUUCCAUAUGCCAAGCCACCAAUAGGAGACUUGAGAUUUAAGGCCCCCGUUCCUGCAGAAAACUGGUCUGGGAUUCUAGAAACAAAAAAGGAUGGAAAUCGAUGUUUUUCAGUUGCUAAAGAUACUGAUGAUGAAAGUGAAGACUGUCUAUUCAUUAAUGUAUACACACCCAUCUUAACUCAAGCUAACACUACCCUUCUUCCGGUGAUGGUAUAUUUAUUUGGAGGUGGUUUUAGAGACGGCGCUUCGAGUUACAACAUAUACGGUCCAGAUUACUUAAUAGAGCAAGAAGUUAUUAUGGUAUCUCUCAAUUAUCGAGUAGGUCCCUUUGGCUUUCUAUCCACUGCAGAUGAGGUAAUUCCUGGAAAUUUUGGACUCAAAGAUCAAGUGCUUGCUUUAAAAUGGGUUCAACAAAAUAUUCGAGUUUUUGGAGGAGAUCCUAGUAAAGUUAUUCUUUUCGGACAGAGCGCUGGUGCCGCGUCUGUUGGACUCCAUAUUUUAAGUGCACAAUCAGCAGGACUUUUUAGAGGAGGAAUCUGUGAAAGCGGUUCGGGUAUCAGUAAUUGGGCAUACCUACCAAAUCCUACACCAUACGGUUAUGAAUUAGCUUCUCUCAUAGAUAAAAAUGUCAACAUAAGCACAAGCGCAGAACUCCUCAAAUAUUUGCAAAGUGUGUCUGCUAAAGCUAUAGAUGUAGCUUCUACACAAACCACAAUCGUAAGCCAACCACUCCCAGUUAUUGAAGUUGAACACGAUGGUGCCUUUUUGAAGAAAAACUUGUAUGCAAGUUUGAAAAAUGGAGAAAUCAAUCGGGUACCUCUAUUAAUUGGAGCAAAUUCAGAGGAGGACAUUUCUCUCGCCGUAGAUAUGGCUUCAUUGAAAACGAGAGCAGCUGCUUACGACCAAGAUUUGAAAAAAUUGGUACUAAAAAAUAUGAAUAUAGUAAAUGACACCAAACUACAGGAGCUUGGGCAAAUCAUUAAGGGAUUUUAUCUUAAUUCAAAUGAAAAAUUUGAAGAUAAUUUGGGACUAACCGUUGCCUAUAAUUCUGAGAGCCAAUUCUUCAAUCCUAGUGUUAGACAUGCAGAGCUGCAAUCUCUAUACUCAGAUGUUUAUCUUUAUCAAUUUUCUUAUGUAGGAAUAAUGGGAAGAAAUUAUAACAUAACUUUACCAGGUGCCGAAAAAGUCACACAUGGAGAAGAGUUACACUAUUAUUUCAAGAGGUAUUUGGGAGAUUACGAUAAUUCAAAUUUAAAUCAAUUCUCUGACAAUGAUGUGAUGACGCAUGAAAAAAUGGUGAAACUAUGGACCAAUUUCGCAAAAUAUUUAAAUCCAACACCUGAAGCAGAUAGUCUGUUAGAAUAUAUAGUAUGGCCUAAAGUCAAUCCUUGGUACAUACAAUAUUUGAAUAUAGAUACCAAACUUACAAUUGAAAGCAAUAUAAAAUAUGGAAGAUAUGUGAUGUGGAGAGAUUUAUUUGAAAAAGAAGCCAUAUCGCCUGUGGUAUUUUGAAUUUGUUUCUCUUAUUUCUGAAAACUCUUGUAAAUAUUUGUGAUAAUAAUAUAUUUUGAAUUGAAUUAGUUUCACUCUAUCCAAUACACAGUUAAAGCCUUUGUUGAUAUAGUGGAUUGAACGUACUUUGUAUUAAAAACUAUUAAACAUGGAAUCAACUUAUUUCCUAUAUUUACGACAUAUUCAACAUAUUCCAAUUAAAACUGUGUUCGCCAAUAUUAAUUACAUAUCCUUUCAUAUAAAGUGAAUAAAAGAAAAUAUAUCUUCAUAUGUC